CGCUUUUAAUACAUAACCGAUGCACUCCAAAAAAUUCAAACCCUAAAACCCAAUCACUUCACUGUUCUCUGCAGAUUCUGUACUCCUACGAUCAAGGAAAACUUCUCCUGUUUCAAAAUUUCCGCCAAGUUCCAAUCUUUUUCUCACUUUCGUCUGUCGGAAUCGGUUGCCGGGCUUUAGCCGGUGGAGAACGGGCCUGAGUCAACGAGAAGAGGGAGAUAGUAGAACCUAUAGACGGAGUUAAACCUGGAAAAAGGUUAUUGAGAAGGUUUGUUGAUUAUGUUUCUUUUGGGAUCCAGGUCCGGCAAUGGGUGGUAGAAAUCUGAGUCCAAUAUUAAAGAGAGAGUUAGCAAAUCUUGACAAAGAUGCUGAUAGUAGGAAAUCAGCAAUGAAGGCGUUGAAAUCCUACGUCAAAGAGAUGGAUUCAAGGGCAAUCCCGCUGUUUCUCGCCCAAGUUUCGGAGACCAAAGAAACUGGUUCCUUAUCUGGAGAAUACACCAUCUCCCUGUAUGAAGUCCUUGCCCGUGUCCAUGGACCCAAAAUUGUCCCUCUCAUAGACACAAUCAUGACCACAGUCAUCAACACACUUUCAGCAAGUGGAGUGUCUUUCCCUCUCCAACAAGCCUGCUCGAAAGUGGUCCCUGCAAUCGCUCGAUAUGGAAUUGAACCAGGAACCCCUGAGGACGAAAAGAGGCGCAUAAUCCAUUCACUCUGCAAGCCACUUGUUGAAGCUCUUUUGGCCACUCAGGAGUGUCUCAGUUCAGGGGCUGCACUUUGCUUGAAGACGCUUGUGGACUGCGACAACUGGAGAUUCGCCUCUGAUGAGAUGGUGAACAAAGUUUGCCAGAAUGUUGCUGUUGCUCUUGAGGAGAAGUCGAUUCAGUCGAAUUCUCAUAUGGCAUUGGUUAUGUCUUUGUCGAAGCGUAAUGCUUUGAUAGUCGAAGCUUAUGCUAGAUUGUUGAUUCAAUCAGGAUUAAGAAUCCUGAAUAUUGAUGGUUCUCAGGAUUGUGGUAGUAAUUCACAGAAGAGGCUCUCAGCAAUUCAGAUGGUGAAUUUCAUGAUGAAGUGUUUGGAUUCUAGAAGCAUAGUCUCGACCCUUGGAUUGAUCAUGGAGGAGAUGGAGAAGUGUCAAUUUGAUCAGAUGGCUUAUGUGAAAGGAGCUGCUUUUGAAGCUUUGCAGACUGCUAAGAAGAUUUCGGAUGAAGGGUUGAAGUUGGACAAGAGUUCUGGUUCUGGUUCUGUCACAGGGUCUGAUAGCUUUAGCAGGAGAGAUCAGAGAAGAAUGGGGAAUUUUUCUAGUACCCCGGAAUCUCAGACGCUUGCCUCGUUUAUGGAUUAUGAAUCAAUGAUUGAUUCGCCUCUAUCCAGAACUCCCAUUUCUCGUGCUGUGGAGAAUGACUGUGAUGGGAAUGAGUUUGACCAGAAGAGUGUGACUCGUAAAUUAUGGAGUCAUGAAAAUGGAGGAGUUGAUGUGUCUCUGAAAGAUGGUUUGUUUACAGAACUUGCUCAUGGAGGUAAUACCAUCAAGAAUUCCUCUUUUGGUCAUGCUAGACGACAUAGCUCGACUGAGAAUGGAGAUCAUCAUGAAGGGGAGUUUUCAGGCUUCAUGCCAAAGACUCCACAAAAUGCAGUUGCCAGGAGCUGCACUCCAAGCCCCCAGAUGUCACGUUCUCACCUGAAUGUUGACAACAUCAACAUGUUCACGAGCCCAAGGAAGCUCAUACGCUCCCUCCAAGAUGUUGAUUCAGAAUCCUACUCAAGACAAAGCAGGAGUUUCAAGAGUCACUGUUCAUGCCAAUAUGAAAACAGGCCAACUUCAAAGCUCAACCAAAAUGGUUUUCUCCGCCACAAUGGUUAUGCGUCUGCUGAGAAUGGAGAGUCGCACGCUGGUGGUGAGGGAAUGUAUCAGGAUGUCGUUGCAACUUCAAAGCUCAACCAAAAUGGGUUUCCUCGCCAUAACAAUGGUUAUGCAUCUGAUGAGAAUGGAGAGUCGUAUGCUGGUGGCGAGGAGAUGUAUCAGGAUGUCGAUGAAUCGGUGUCUUCAACAGAGGAUGUCCCUCCUGUAGAUGCAGAUCAAGUUGCAGACCUGGUGGUUACAGAGAAGAAAACUAACAUGGAAAGUGAUUACUUUGAGAACGGAUACCAGAACAAGAAGAACAGUUGUGGAUGGCUUGUUGCUUUUGGUUUUGCUGUGUUCUCAGGUUUGGCAUCGUUGGCGAUGUUGUUUGAUGGUUCUGAACAAGGCCAUUUUCUUCCUCCAACCUAGGUGUUAAUUUGUGUCAAUCCCUGUACUCAGUUUUUGCUUCUGGUUGUCGAUGUUGUUGUAGUCUCAGUUGUGUAACGAUAUGUCCUUCGGUUUAAACCAUUUUCCAGCCUUUUCUAGUUGGAUAUUGUUUAUUAUGCGUAAGAGCAUCCACAUUGGUAUUGCAUUCUCAAUUGCAAAAUGACAUGGUAUAGGCGUUUGCAAUUGCAAAACCAAUUGCAUUGAUGUGGCUACCAAUUGCAUAUUUGCAAGCUUGCAACAAAUACAAUUGCAUAU